AUGACGGACGAAUUAACAUCGCCGUCCGUGAAGUCUGGAAAUGUUCUGGCACUUCUUAAUACGUUGUAUACCUCGGGUUUUGCUAUGGCUUCAUCAAGCACACCGCUAUUAAAAGGUAAUAAAGAUAAUCUACUGAACAUUUUGCUCGAAUUGUUUCUCUAGGUAAAACCCUCCACACUUUAUAUGCUCUCUCAUUUGUUGUAUAUGUUAUGAAUUCUGUAUGCUCUUGGCUACACGUCAGUUUUGUUGUGAAAGUAAGUUUUCCUAACUUCAUUCGAUCUCUACUCAUAAUUUUCCAGGGUUAUCUUACUUCAUUCCCCCUAAACACUUGGAUUGUUGUUAGUUUGGUAGUCACUGCGGUCACUGGUUCAAUGCUCACUUGGUUAUUAUUUGUGUUAUGUAUUGAAAAUGCGUUUGCACAUCGCUUGGAUAUUACUCCAUAUCGAAGUGGAUGUGCAUUGGUUUUUGAAGCGUUUGUUGAGUGGACACAGGUAAACUAG